AUGUCGUCAGACUCCGGCUUCUCUUUCCUCCCGCAAGGUGCGAUCAUCCAGGAGUUCAACGUGGCUGGUCAUAACAUCGUGCUUGGGUAUCCCACUCCCGAACCCUAUGCCGAUUCACCAUUCUUUGGUGAGACCAUUGGCCGCGUUGCCAACAGAAUCAAGGACGCCAAGUUCACUCUGAACGGGAAGUUGUACAAGCUAGCAGCAAACGAAGGGCCUACCCAUAUCCAUGGAGGCGUAAAGGGUUGGGGUAAGAAGAAGUUCAAUGGUCCGCAACCCGUCAGCCGCAAUGGGAAGGAAGCAGUUCUCUUCACAUAUGUGUCGCCCGAUGGAGAGGAAGGAUAUCCCGGCACCGUGGAGCUGAGAGUUUGGUACAUAGCUUGGACAGAGGACGAAGGUGGAGUUACCAAGACUGUGCUUGAAACAGAGUAUGAGGUAGAGCUGACUGGGAACGAGUGUGAUGAGACUGUCGUCAACAUCACCAACCACGGCUACUUCAACCUGAGUGAUGGACCCACCAUCGAAGGGUCGGUGGUGACGCUCCAUACUUCGAAAUAUCUGGUGGUGAACAGCGCGCUGAUCCCGACCGGGGCGAUUGAAGAUUUCCCGGGCAUUGAAGCAAAUAAACCUUUCGUCCUGGGUGCGACAGAGCCGGAUAUUGACCAUUGCUUUGUUGUCGACACGGAUACAUCAGAUCUCCCUCUGGAUACUCGCCCAAGACAGCUCAAACCGCUGAUUAGCGUAUCACAUCCCACAACCAAAUUGCACCUGGACGUCUUCAGCACAGAACCCUGCUUUCAGUUCUACACCGGGAAGCAUAUCAAGGCCGCCGCAACAGCACAAACUCCAGCAAGAGGUGCACGAGCAGGUUUCUGCGUGGAAGCGAGCCGCUUCAUCAAUGCGAUCAACGUGCCAGAAUGGCGGAACCAAGUGAUACUCAAGCGCGGCCAAAUUUGGGGUGCAAGGACCGUCCACAAAGCUUGGAAGGCAUAG